CUUUAAUUAGUUACUACUCCAACCCCACACACUCAUUAUAACCAUGAUUCCGGAGAAACCAAAUUGCUUUCCAAAAAACCAUGCUCUGGUGUUCAUCCUCUAUCAAAUAGCUGUUGCUGCUGCUGCAAUUGCCGCUUUCAGUCUUACAAAUGAAACGGACUACCAAGCAUUGCUGGCCUUCAAAGGUCAGAUAACCUCCGACCCCUCAGAUGCCCUCAGCUCUUGGAACGUUUCGAUCCACUUCUGUUCUUGGACCGGAGUUACAUGCGGUAAGAAGCAUCAGCGUGUGACCCAACUUCGGCUGCCAUCCCUUCGGCUAGUGGGUCCUCUGUCUCCUCAUAUAUGGAAUCUUACCUUUCUAAGAGUCCUUAACCUCCAAGCCAAUCACUUACAUGGGCUGCUGCCCCAGGAGAUCGGUCAGUUAUCAAGGCUACGGGGUCUUUCUCUAAUCAACAAUUCUUUCGAGGGAGAGCUGCCAAUAAAUCUUACCAAUUGUGCAGACCUCAGGGGCCUAUAUUUGUAUGGAAACAAUUUCAGCGGACAAAUCCCAGUCGAGCUCGGUUCUCUGAUGAAGCUUAAGGUCUUAGUGCUCAGUUCAAAUAGCUUAUCUGGUGAAAUCACUUCUGUGCUGGGGAAUCUCUCUGCUCUCACCCACCUUUCCCUAGGCGACAAUCACAUCCAAGGAAGCAUACCGCCACAACUUGGACAUCUCUCCAACUUAGAAAAACUUUUUUUAUAUGGUAACAACAUUUCUGGUCGCAUUCCCACCUCUCUCUACAAUAUCUCAUCCAUUCUUGAAUUCUCAUUGGCGAGCAACAAUCUAAGUGGGUCCCUUCCUUCUGAUCUAUUCCUAGCUUUUCCCAAACUGAUAGGGCUCUAUCUCGGCGGUAAUAAGUUCUCAGGGAUGCUUCCGAGCACAAUAGCCAAUGCUUCUCAGGCAAUAGAAAUUGAUUUUAGUCAAAACGCCCUUGUAGGACUCAUACCAGUGGGCUUGGGAGGUCUAAAGAAUGUGCAACUACUUAACUUUGAGAAAAAUAAUCUAGGAAGUGAAGAAGGAGAUGAUUUAAGCUUCCUUACCUCCUUAAUCAACUGUACCAAACUACAAAGGCUGUCCAUUGGUGAAAAUAGGCUCAAGGGCAUCUUGCCCAAUUCUAUUGCAAAUUUCUCAUCCACUUUGAUGGCAUUUGUGCUGAGGCAGAACUUCAUAUCAGGAACCAUACCUUCAGGUAUUGGGAACCUCGUAAAUUUGCAGCUUCUCUCAUUGAUAGAAAACAUGCUUACAGGAGGAAUUCCUAGCUCCAUCGUCAAAUUGUCAAAUAUGCAGGGACUCUACCUCUAUGAGAAUAAUCUCACAGGAGUGAUUCCGUCCUCCCUUGGCAACAUGACUUUGCUCUCUGGGCUAGAGCUCGAUAACAAUGUGCUGGAGGGGACUAUACCUGCUUCUCUAGGGAACUGCACGCACCUGGAUGAAUUAUAUCUUGACAGGAAUCUCCUAGUUGGUGCAGUGCCCCAAGAAGUCUUUGGCCUUUCUUCGCUAACAGCUCUAUCAUUACCAGGAAACUAUUUAAGUGGUCCCAUUCCAUCACAGGUUGGUGAACUGGUGAAUCUCCAGAUAUUAGAUGUUUCAGAUAAUGACAUGUCAGGAGAAAUUCCACCAACUUUAGGUGAUUGUCAAGUGCUGGAAUACCUCUAUUUGGGAGUUAACCAAUUCAAUGGAACCAUUCCACCUUCUACUUCAAACCUACGAGGUCUGAAGUUUCUCAAUCUCUCUAGAAACAAUUUUUCAGGGCAAAUUCCAGGGUUUCUAGCUGACCUCCCUGUCAUUGAGAGUCUUGAUCUUUCCUUCAAUAAGUUCCAGGGCGAAGUCCCAAACAGGGGAAUAUUUCGUAACCAUAGUGCAGUUCAUGUUGUUGGAAACAAUGACCUCUGUGGAGAACCUCCCACCUGGCAAUUGCCGAGGUGUAAAGGGGGAGCAACAGAGAAACACCGUGAAAGAACUUCAUCUAGGAGGACAGUUUUGGUGAUUACCGUCACAGUCUCCAUUUUCUCCCUGUUAGCAGCAAUCCCCACCAUAAUCCUUUAUCGUUCAAAAAGGUCGAAAAGCGGAACUGCCUCCGCUUCUUCAACUGAGGAUCAACACCCUAAGCUGUCUUAUGGUGAACUUUCACGAGCGACAAAUGGUUUCUCUCCUACUAACAUGAUUGGUGAAGGAAGCUUCGGUGCAGUCUACAAAGGCGUUCUACCUAGCAAUGGACAAAAUGUAGCAGUGAAGGUUCUCAAACUUGAAGAGCAGGGAGCAGGAAGGAGCUUCAUGGCAGAGUGUGCGGCGUUGAGGAACAUUCGGCAUCGGAAUCUUGUCAAGAUCAUCAGUUCUUGCUCGGGCAUCAACUUCCGGGGAGAAGACUUCAAGGCUCUAGUGUUUGAGUUCAUGCCCAAUGGGAGCCUCGAUAAGUGGCUGCACCCAGUCCCGAAUGAGAUAGGAGGAGCUGAGGAUAACACAAGGUUAAGUAUGACUGAGAGGUUGAACAUAGCCAUUGAUGUGGCCAUGGCGGUGGACUAUCUCCACCAUCAAUGCCAAACACCGAUAGUUCACUCCGACUUGAAGCCAAGUAAUGUUCUUCUCGACGGUGAUUUUUCGGCUCAUGUAAGUGAUUUCGGCCUAUCAAAGUUCCUCAAGGUCAAAGCAUCGAGAACACAGAGUAGUUCGAUCGGGAUUAGAGGAACUAUCGGCUAUGUUGCACCGGAAUAUGGUGUUGGUGGGGAGGUGUCGACACUAGCAGACAUCUACAGCUUUGGGAUUCUCUUGCUGGAACUGUUCACAGGGAAGAGACCAACCGAUCCCAUGUUCAGUGGCGAGUUUGACCUCCGCGGAUUUGUUGAGAGAUCUAUUCCUGAUGGGUUGAAUCAGGUGCUAGACCCAUUGCUUUGCUUAGGGAGAGUGCAAGGAAACCUCCAGCAGUCCUUGCUUACGGUCCUCAGAGUUGGGCUCAUGUGCUCAGCUGCACAGCCAAAUGAGAGGAUGAACAUUGGAGAAGCUGCUGCAGAAUUGCAAAAGGCCUGGGAUGUUCUUCAAGUUCGUAGGAGGAGAAAAAGAGUGUGAAAGUUAUGGGCUCAAUAUAUAAUUAGAAUGCAUCAAUCCGUCACUUGUUUGUAGAUCUCUUUCGUGUACUGCACUUGAUGCUACUUUAAGCUUGUAAGUUUGGUGUUUGCAGAAGAUGUUUAAUUUUGACCCUGUCUUUUAUAUAAGGGAAAUAUCGAGUUUGAUGUUCAUAGGAAGACAGAGCUUGAUACAGAUAUUCUGCUCCAUAAACCUUAAGAGGUCCUUUGUCUGUUA